AAUGUAACCUUGUCAUGCCAGCGAUGAAUGAAAAGAAUAUGGCGACCUGACUCUGGAAAAAAAUUAGAAUUUGUCCGGCAAAAGUAGUGUGCAAUACAAAGAAAUUUGCGCCCUGAAGCCAGAGCAACCAAUACCACGGGGAGGCUAAAGAUAAGGAUACGGAAACGGAUAACACAGCUCUUCCCAAGGACACAGCCGCACCGUCGAGAUGGGCGAAGUCAAGUCCGUGAAGGUGGACAAUUGGGGAGUAUUUUUCCUGCAAAAGCUGCAGAACUUCUUUAACAAAACGGACUACUGCGAUCUGACGCUUCAGUUCCGGGAUAACUCACAGUUGAAAGUGCACCGUUUAGUGCUCAGCGCAUGUACCGAUUAUUUUAAUGUGCUGGAACAGACCUGUGAAAUCGUCGAUGAUGCUCUCAUCAUGCCCAACGAGUUUCAGGCGGAUGUUGUGGUGCCCAUUGUUAACUUUAUGUACACUGGUACCCUGGAGUUCGAGUUGAAGAUGUACGGCAAAUUGUUGCGCACUGCCAAAGAGAUGAACAUGACAGUGCUACUCAAGCUGUUAGAGGCGCAUCGCCGUACCAUGGAGAAUGUAAAUCGCCAGCAGAGACCGCCUAGUCCUAAGGGUAUCCGUCGACGCACAGUUGGACAACCCAGUUCGGGUCUUCCCCAGCAGCGCGUCUUGGGUCCAUCACCGCAGUCCCGAAAUGUGUCCACACCCACCAUGCAGCGAGCCAACGCACAGCGUGGACCCACUGGCAACACACUGACCCGCACAUCAGGCGGUACAAGUCGUACACAGUAUGCAGAAAGCACCAAUGUCAAGCAGGAACCAACUUCGCCAUUUGAGCAGCUACGCAAGGGCUAUAAUAACAAUAAGAGGCCUGCACAGACCAGUCUGUUAUCGCCGCCCUCGAAGAAACCCAGUUUGGAAGAGGUCAAGGAGUUUGCAGAACAACAGAGAAUGCGUAAGCAAAUCGCGGCGGAAUAUGGAGAUCACGAUCCUGAUUAUGAUGGAGGCAUGCUGUAUGAUGAUGUCCAUGCCGGGGACGAUGAUGACGAUGAUAUGCCUCCACAGCCAUCUACUUCCAAGCAGCAGUCGCCGCAGGGUACACAAACCCAGCUGGAGCACGGAUCCACCACCAUUAUUCUAAAGCAGGACUCACCCAGUCAGACACCCACGAUAAUUGUUAAGGACUCUUCCAACGCCAAACUGAAUCACACUAAGAUCAUAGCCGAAGUACUGCGCCAAUAUCCUCACAUUGUCAAAGGUCACAAGAACAUCAAGCUGAAGAUAAUGCCCAAUACACCACCCGCGCCGGCCGAGAAGUCUGCUCCGGUCAAGUCUCCGGCGACUCAGUCGUCUGCCUCCACAUCGCCACAUAAAAAAUUGCAUGUGUCUUUUAAGGCCGAUAAGAGCACGCCAUUAAUCACCGCGCAGCAAAAGGCGGCCAGUUCCCUGCAAAAGACCGCGACCACGCAGUCUGCCACUACCCAGGCAACUGCGGCAAAUCCCCCGUCGAAUGCCGCCGCAACCCAGAAGAGACGCAUUGACAGUAAGACAAUGCAUGCCUUGAUUGCUCAAGGAGCCGAGAACACUACUGGUCCCUGGCUGUGCUUAAGGUGUGGCGUUAAUGGACGCCCCAUCAGCAUUCCGUCGUAUCGAGGAUUCCGACGCCAUUUGAUUAACACGCACAAAGAGACCAUUGACCCGGCGCUGUGCGAGCAUUGCGGAUGGCGGUCAGGCAACAACCGGGAACUGCAUUUCCACAUGUAUACGGAUCAUCAGGUCAAGUCACAGCUAUACACUUUCGCCGAGUGCGCGCUGUGCAACCAAUCUUAUUUGACCAAGGCCGAGUUGGAGGCUCAUAUUAACGAGGCGCAUACGGACGACAACAAGCAACAGUGCAUCUACUGCAACAAGGUGUUCGAGCAAGAACUGCAACUAUACAGACACAUGAAGAGCUACCACAAGGAGCAGGCUCUCGAAGACGGAAUUAUUGAUGAAACGGAUGAAGAGUUCCUCGGCUCGCAAGAUGAGGAAGAAGAAGAAGCCGAAGUGGAGGAAGAACCUGAACCGCAGCAGACUGAUAAAGUGCGAAUCCUUUCGGAUAUAAGUUUGCCAGCCACUAGUGCCAUCACAGUACAGCAAGCUCAGCAAGAGCAACUUCAAGAGGAGGACGUAGAUCAAGUGCAGCAGGAGGUGAAAUUUGUUGGAGCCGAUGGCAAUGAGGUGGAGCUCACGGAUGAACAGCGCAAGGAGAUCCUCUCGCAGCUUAAUCAACAGCAAGCGGGUGCUGCCGCCGGUGGAGUGGUAAUGGUGUUGAGUGAUCCAGAGGCGGAGCCCGUAAAGCAAGAGACCGACGAGAAAUCCCUGGCUGGCACAGAGGAGGAGUAUGAUGACAGCCAAAUCUAUAGCGAGCUGACAGCCGCUGACUCAGUUGAGAGCGCCAAAAAGAACAUUGCUGAUGAGAGCAAAGAGUCAAUAGACAACCUAGAAUGGGCUGAAAAUCUUAUUGCUGAAUCCGAGGAACAGAGCAACAAGGAACCCAAACUGGAAAAGUCUCGCGAUGAUAUCAGCGAAAAACUUAAGGAGCUGACCGGUGACUGGACCGAGGAUGAAAACGAUGAUGAUGCCGAUGACAAGCCUGCCACCACCGAACUUACAUCCGAGUUAGCCGCCAAGCACUCAGAGUCACCAGUCCACGAGGAAGAAGAAGACGAGAUAGAUCUGGCUCUUGAGUCUCUGCACAAAGGACCUGAAGAUCAAGCUGUAGAAAAAACUGGUGAGGAGUCUAUCGCCAGUGCUGAAGACUCAGUUGUCCCGGUCGGCAGUAUCAAUAGUCAGCCCGAAAAAAUGGAUGUAGAUUCAGAAGCGGCGAGCGAGAAAGCUCCAUUGUUAGUUGGCGCGAUUAAGAGAGAGGACGGGAUUGAAAACGACGAAGAAGAAUUUAUCAAGGAAGAUGAACCAGUUGCUGAGCCCGCGUCCCAUGAAUUGAGAGAAGCGGUAGCUGUCGCUGACGGAGAUGAUGAUGUUCAUCUGGAAGCCGAUAAUAUACGUAAAGAGCUGCUUGAUGACUUGAUUGCCGAGGCAGAAAAACCUAAUCAAGAGAAGAGCAUUGAUCAACCUGAGGAGAAUGCUACAACAGAGGCGUUAGCUCCAGCCUUAGAUGCUUCGACUGACGAGGAUGAAUUGGUGCCUACUACCCAUCGGUCCAACGAUCAAAUAGAGAUUGAUGGAACAGACGCGGAAAAGGCAGCCCAGAACAAUGAUGAUGCAAGUACCGCACACAAUAAGGAUAUCGUAGAGGAAAAACCAAACAAAAGUGGGGAUGCAGUAACAAUAGAAAAGGCGACAAUAGAAAGUGCGAAAACAGUUGAGGAAACGUCGUCCGGUGAAGCAGCCAGUGUGGACAAGGUGAAGAGUCUCAUUAGCGAAUGGGGGGACGACGAUGAGGAUGAAGAUGAGAAUGGGGUUAGUGCGGCGGCGAAGGAGGAGCUAUAAUUACUAGAUUUAUUUAUGUUCUAAGUUCGGCAAUUCAAAGCAGAUAAGCAGAUAAAAGUAUCUGAGCUUAGCUAGAAUUUUCGGUUUCUAUUGUAAAUUAAAUUGUUAACAAAGAUCGAGGUGAAUGAUAAGAUAUGGAUAUGCACAGGCUUAAGUGUAUAAGAUCUAAUCUACAAGUCUCACAUAAUUGUAAAUCCCCUCCUCCCAUUCAUAUUGCGCUGCUAGCAAGAAAAUUGUAAAACUAGGAGUCCCUUAAAUGAGAGAUCCGAGACCAAACAACCCAACAAUUAGCUAUUUAUGAGUGUCCGUUUCUGCAAACCACAAAUAGAGCAACCAACCAACAUUUCACGUUUAGGUAAACACUUUAUAUAUACAUACACACACAUAUGCCUAUUUACAUACAUAUAGAGAUGUAGUUACAUUGAUGUUGUUUUAAUUCGUUUAAAACAAAGGCAGGAUGUUCCCAGAAAAUAAGUAACAAGAUUGACGUUUUAUGAUUGGUUUAGUAAUAUUAAUCAAAAUGAAAAAAGGAUGUCCUUUUUUUUUGAUUACCGACUUAAAUGUAAGAUUUAUUAUAUUUAAUAAAGGAUUCAAAAAUAACAAGUUUGGAGAAAACAAAAUAUAAUUGUAGAAUAAAGGCAGUUGUGCUUUGAA